AUGAAGCUUGUUGGUGCUGCGUUGGUUCUGCUGGCCAUCAGUGGCUGUUCGGCUGAUGUCGUGCAAGAUUUUACUAAGAAUUGCAGUAAAUUCUUUGCCAACCCAGAUGAAAUCGCAACUCCACCAACUAGAUUUAACGAGCCUCAGUACAAGCAAAUCUGCCAGACUCUGAACGAUAGUGUUGAAUAUGCUACAUAUUACGACACAGCCAACAGGAUCCCGGUGUACUCAGCCUACAGGUUUGAAGGUUUUAAAAACUGCAGUGGUAGGCAAGGGUUGUGGUAUAUUGAACCUCAGCUUGACCAGGAAGAUGGAGAUAGAAACAUGGCACAAAAGAAAACGGUACCGUCCAAGUUACGUGGAAAACAUCAGGCUUUGAACGAAGACUACAAAAACUCUAGCUACGAUAGAGGGCACCUGAUUCCACUCUAUUACGCCAAGACAAGGAGCUGCGCCACCGCCACCUUUACUCUCACCAAUGCUGCACCGCAAAACCAUACUUUUAACAAUGACGAAUGGAAGAAAACUGAACAGAAAAUGGGUAAAAUCCUCAGCACUAACUGCUUGAAUGUGGGUCUGUCUGCCUACGUAGUUACUGGUGUGAUACCAGGUAAUGAAAAAAUAAAUAACAGAGUGAACGUGCCCAGUUACUUCUGGACAUCCUACUGCUGCCUUGAUAACAAUAAUAAACCUCAAAUCUCAGGUGGUUAUUAUGGAGCAAAUAUAAACAACCCUGUGAAUAAUGUGUCAGUGAGUGACCUCGAGAUUUUACUGACAAAUGAGUAUAAGAAAGGUCAGUUCCAGCUGUUUGGUAAUGGAAGCUGUAUGGCUGGUCAAGGCAGUACUGAGGCUUUUAAUUUGGACAGGUCCAGGACAGGGUUAUUUAUCAAGAAAGAUAAUGAUAAAUAGUUUUGGUUCUGCUAAUUCCAGAGAAAGAUCUAGAAUUGAACGCAUUUGUGCCCAACGUUUCAUGCCAAGAUCACCUAUUGAGGAACAUUAUCCUAGACGUUAUGCCUCUGCUAGUUCCAGGCUAAGAUCACCUACUGAUGAAAGGUGUGCUAGAUAUUUUGCUUUUGCUAGUUCCAGGACAAGAUCAAGAAUUGAACGCGUGUGUGCUAACCGUUAUGGUUUUGCUAGUUCCAGGCUAGAAUCACCUGUCGAGGAAGAUCAUUCUGGACCUUUUGGUUUUGCAAAUUCCAGGCCAAGAUCAAGAACUGCUGACAUUUGUGCCAGAUAUUUCCGUUUUGCUCGUUCCAGGCCAGAAAGAAGAAUUAUGGAAGAUGAUGAUUAUUGAUUUGGAUUUGCUAGUUAUAGGUCAGGAUCAGUAAUAAUGAGAUUAUACUAGUUGCUCUAGUUGAGCUCGUACAUUUAUCAUCACCAGUUCAAACCAGAUACAUUUAUUGAUUAAAGCUUAACAGACUAAUAAAACACAGAAAUCAGUAAUGUGUUGAUCAACAUGAUGUUUUCAUUUUCAUUAUUAAUCAAUGUGUAUCUAUCAGUGAAUUUUAAUACAAUCCUUUAUCACCAGAUUGUACUUUGAUUUUCUUG